AUGAGCCCCAAAAGAGCCAGUACGGGUGCAAGAAAGCCAGCUAAGAAUGAAGAGCGCCCUCCCUCUGAGGUGGAUGUCUCCGAGCUGGUGCUGAGCAGCGGGAGCGAUACUGAGGAGGAGGACGUGGAGGCCUUCUCUGGCGACUCGGACUCCGAGGCCGAUGUCGAGCACGAGAUAGACCAUGCAGUCAAGGACUACGUCGGUGCCCUCACGAGGAACGUCGGCAAUGGGGCUGGCCAGCCGCCGACAGUAGACGCUUCAGAGGAAGAUGAGGGGAGGGAGGAGGCUGACGAGGCCGGGUUUGUGACCUCUGAGAGUGAGACGGGCACAGAUGGAGAGAUGGGCGAGGAGGAGCCAGCCUCCCCCCGGCCCCAGGACGACCCCGCCUCCGACUCCUCCGAGGACGAGCGCCCCGGUCGCAACACGGUGGGGAAUGUGCCCCUCGAGUGGUACGACGCCGAGGAACACAUCGGGUACGACAAGGAUGGGAUGAAGCUGGUUAAGAAGGGGAGGAAGGACAAGCUGGACACCCUGCUGGCACGGAACGACUCCACCAAGGCGAGGCUGGCGGGGGAGCUUGGGUCGGGGCAUUUCCUGAGGACGGUGUAUGAUGACUACAACGACGAGGAGAUAGUCCUGUCCAAGGCUGAGAUGCGCAUGAUCAACCGCAUCCGCACGGGCCAGUUCCCGCACCUGGAGGUCAACCCCUUCCCCGAGGAGAACGACUGGUUCACGCGGGACACGGAGGUCAUGCCCCUGACCGGCGCCCCUGAGCCCAAGCGCCGCUUCGUCCCCUCCAAGUGGGAGGAGAAGAAGGUGGUGAAGCUGGUGCGUGCCAUCCGCAGGGGCUGGCUCAAGCUGGGCGCGCCGCCAGCGGAGGAGGCGGACAAGCCCUACCUCAUGUGGCAGGACGACGGCCAGGCCAGCAGCAGGACCGGGACGGGGCUGGCCUACAUCCCCGCGCCCAAGCCGCGCCUGCCGGGCCACGCCGAGUCAUACAACCCGCCCAAGGAGUACCUGCCCACUGAGGAGGAGCUGGCGGCCGUGGCCAUGCAGCCGGAGGAGGAGCGCCCCGCCUUUGUGCCCACCGCCUUCCCCUCCCUGCGCGCGGUGCCCGCCUACGCGGCCUUCAUUAAGGAGCGCUUCGAGCGCUGCCUGGACCUGUACCUGUGCCCUCGCGGGCGGCGCAAGCGCGCGCCCGUCAAGGACCCCAGCGUGCUGGUCCCGCACCUGCCCAAGCCGCGCGACCUGCAGCCCUUUCCCUCGGCAGAGGGCCUGCGCUUCCUGGGCCACGCCGCAGCCGUCACGGGGCUGGCCCCCGACGCCAGCGGCGCGUGGCUGGCCUCCUCCUCCCGCGACGGCAGCGUGCGGCUGUGGGAGGCGCGCACCGGCCGCUGCGCGGCGCGCUGGGACCUGGGCGAGCUGCAGGGCGCCGAGCUGGGGCGGGGCGUGGCCGGGCUGGCCUGGUGCCCCGACCCCGCGCUGCGCCUGCUGGGUGUGGCCUGCGGGGAGGGCGCGGUGCUGGUGCACCAGCUGAGCAAGGGCGCGACGCAGGCCCCCUUCCGCAAGACGCGCGGCAGGCCCGUGCACGUGCUCUUCCACCCGACCAAGCCCCUCUUCUUCCUGGCCACGCAGCAGCAGAUCCGCAUCUACAACCUGGCCAAGCAAGCCAUGGUGAAGAAGCUGUUCACGGGGGCGGGCGUGAUCACCAGCAUCGCGCUGCACUCCACAGGCGACCACCUGAUCGUGGGCUCGGAGGACAACCGACUGGCCUGGUACGAUCUGGACCUCUCCACGCGGCCGUACAGGGCGCUGCGAUUCCACAGCAAGGCGUUGCGGGGCGUCGCCUUCCACAGAUCAUACCCGCUCUUCGCCUCGGCAUCCGACGACGGGCUGGUCCAGGUGUUCCACGGAAUGGUGUACGCGGACCUGAUGACCAACCCCCUCAUCGUCCCCGUCAAGAUCCUGCAUGGCGGCGUGCCGCAGCUGGCCGUGGCCUUCCACCCCACCCAGCCCUGGGUCUUUGCAGGGGGGCAGGAUGGCGUCAUCACGCUGUAUGUCAAUGUAUAA